AUAUAAAAGUUCAUCUUGUGAAACGUCAAUGAUCUAUAAAUAUUUGUAUAUAUAUUAUAUGAAUAUGUAUAUAUUAUGUAUUUGAUUUAUAUUAAUUAAUUGAUUUAUAUACUUCUUUUUAAGUCUAGCAUAGAAAAAAUAUUUAUAAUUAUGCAUAUUAAUUAUAUAUAUAUAUAUACAACGUUAUUUAUAUAAACAAACACAUUAAGCAAACAUAACCUUAAAGAUAGAGUUUUUAGUUGUUUAACAGAAUGUUGUUGCAAAUUAAAUUGUGAAUAUUAUAAAAAUGGCAGGUAGUAUGAGACAAUUAGAAGAACGACAACUUCCAGCUGAAGUAAUAAGAAUGCAAUGGUCUCCAAAAAUGGAUCUUUUAGCGAUUGCAAAUAUAAAAGGAGAAGUUACAUUACAUAGAUUAACAUGGCAAAAAGUAUGGUUAUUAAAUCCUCAAGAAGAAUCUGAUACUGUUGUAAAUUUAGCAUGGAGACCAGAUGGAAAACUUUUAGCAAUUUGUUAUGAAACUUCUAAAUUAAUCUGUCUUGUAGAUAUUGAAAAUAAAAAUAUUAUACAUAAAACAAAACUAAUGUUACAUAAUGCAAUUACAUGUAUGAUGUGGUUACCAUUAACAAAUACAGAAAACAAUACUUUAUUAAAUGGUAACAAAACAAAUAUGCAACCAACUGGAGAAUAUCUUCCACCUUUACCUAGUUUAAAUAGAAGUUUUGGUCAAGAACCAGAACGUAAAGAAUUUUUAUCUCAAACUUUAGAUGUACUUUUUCUUGGUUUAGAUGAUGGAAAUGUUGCUAUGUAUGUAUUUGGAAUGUUUUAUUGUGGUACAAUUUCUGUUGGUCAUGGUGAAAUAUUAGAAAUUAGUGGUGGAUUUGGCAAAUCAAUGUGGAUUACAUGGAAAGAUAAAAAUGGUAUUAAAGCAUGUAGAUUAUGGUGUCCAUUAUUAGAACAAAGUACAGCAUUUUUAAAGGUAGCACAAGCUCAAGCUAAUAUUGAAUAUUUAAUGGAUUAUCUUUCACGUACAUUAAUGGCAAUAUCUGAGGCUUGGGAAACAAUUCUUCUAGAAAUGGAUGAAAAACUUGCAAGAUAUGCAGAAACAAAUCCCCCUGGUGGAGUUGCUGCAGAUUUUCUAGAAUUAUUAAUGAUUGGAAUACCUACUCAAAAUUUAGAAAAUUUUUUGUUACGUGAUUUAACUGAAAAAGGUUUAAAAAAAUUAGGACACAGUAUUGAAAUGUGUUAUAGUAAUAUACAGAAAUUAGUUUUAAAAAAUUUAACUAGUGUUGGGAUGGCCUUAGUAUAUCAAUUAGCUGAAAUGAGAGGAAUGAUUAGAUUGGGUGGUCCAUAUGAAUUAUUGGGACUCACUGAUGAAACCAUCAUAACUAAUGCUCUUCAUGCAUCAGAAGCAUUUUUAGCAAAAUCUUCUGAAAUUCAACAAGUUAUAGAUCAUAGUAUGCGUGAUUAUAAGGCAUUUUUUCGGUGGUUGUAUGUCGUAAUUUUAAGAUUAACAGAUGAAAGGAUACCAUCUGAAGUAAGUCGUGUUAGUCAACAAGAGUUAACAUUUAUCGCUGAAUUUUUACGCGGUUUUGAUAAAACUGAACCCGGUGUUGGAGGAAGAAAGGGAGUGAAUUUAGAAAAGUUAGGUCAAUAUUUACGACGUGAAAAUUUACAAACUUGCUUAACUCCUGAAGGAAGCGAGUGGGCUACAAUGCUCGAUGAAAAUCAUUGUCUUCGUGAUCAUCCGCUUAUCGUGAAACAAGAUCUUAAUUAUUCUUUAUUACAAUCUCAUGCGAAAUUGAUUACUGCUAUACAUAAUGUUUUUUGUGAAGCUUAUCAAGGAUUAGUUGAACAUUUUACUAUAUCAAAUAUUGCUUUAGUACCAUCUAUAGGAUUUACAUCAUCACAAAUUACAACAAACGAUGAUGGUUUAUUAGUAGCUACAUGUGAUUUAGAUCAUAAAAUAUUACGUUUAUUUAAAAUUGAGUGUUUAUAUACAGAACCUAUUUCUCUCAGUUUUAAAUUAGCUAUAAUUAAUACAGAUAAAUCAGAAUCAUAUUCUAAAAAUUAUACAGAUUGUACUGUAAUUGAUCUUCAAUUUUAUUCUAAUGAAUAUCUUAGUUUACUUUUAUUAAGUAAACAAACACAUGCCUCAUAUCUUGUACAAUUACCAAUAAAUCACAUUCGAAUUUUUGGAAAUCAAGAUAAAAAUUUAAUUAGUUUAACUGAUCUCUUAAAUAAUAGCUGGCCACGGCCUUUUCAAGGUAUAUCUGCUAAGAAAAUAGCAGUUAGUGGUGCACGAAAAGUAGCAGCUGUUUUAAGUGAAAGCAAUAGGAAAAUAAGAUUAUUAGAAACUGAAGUUGAACCUGAAGAUGAAGAAGAUGAAGAAGAAGAAGAAGAUGGAACUAAUGAUAAUAUGUUGGAUACUUGUCAUGGAACAGUUCCAAAUUCUCAAUAAAUAUAUACACAUGAUAAAUAUAAUUAAUAUAAAUAAAAAAAAAAUUCAAUAAUACAAACGUGAUAAAAAUAUAUAAGAAAUACUAUAUUAAAUAAUUAUAAUAUAUAAGAAAAGUAUUUAUAUAUAUUAAAAUAAUGAAUUAAGCAAUUUAAUCAUUUUAUAUGUACAUACAUUAUGUAUAAUAAUUUAUAUACAAUAUAUUACGAAAUCUUGUGUAUAAAAUAUUAUUUAAUUAAAAUUUUAUUAUUUACUAAGUA